CAUACAUUAUGUAGCAUCAGAAGGUACUUAUCUAAAAUGUUGCCUAGUAUCCUGGUAACAUGAUCAGCUAUUGUUCUCAUACAAAAGUUGGUCAGUCUCUAUGACUUGCUGUUCCAUAUGGACGUUACGAAAUUUAUCUGUGAAAACUGUGUUAGGGAGUUACCCCUGGUGCCUAAUUUGACUUUUCAUAAUAAUACGGAAAUGCAAAUAACAUACGAAUAUAACGAUGAAGAGUGCCCGUGGUACUAUUACGAUAGUUCAUAUAAAACAUUGCUAGGAGCCUGUCUUAUUUGCCUAGGUGUAUUCGGGAUGCUGCUCAACAGUUGGCUGUUUGCCACCUUCAUACACAGUCAUCUACUUACUUCAAAAAGUCAUCUUUUAGUACUGAAUCUUUGUACAGCCUCUUUGGGUAGAAAUUUACUUGGAUUCCCAUUUGCGGCAUCGUCUGCUUUAGCUAAAAGAUGGCUAUUCGGCCCAGAUGCUUGUCAGCUUUUCGCUUUCCUUAACCAAUUCUAUGGUAUCUUUCAAAUGACGUCUUUGUUCUCGCUGGUUCUUGAAAGAUAUAUACUUGCAAGGCAUACAAGACGAGAAAGAAUGCUAUGUUUUAGAUAUUAUUGGUCUUUAGUUGCUUUGACCUGGGUUAACAGUUUAGUAUUUGCGAUACCCCCUUUAUUCGGAUACGGAAUAUACUCGUGCGACACCACGGGAACAGCUUGUAUGUAUUUAUGGCCGUCUUCGCGGGCAAGUGGAAAACAUUUGGGCUACGCAAUCCCGUAUGUUUUAUUCUGCUGUGUCCUACCUGUCGUUGGAAUAUUCUAUUAUAUGGGUAAAGCAAGCCGACUGGAAAAUAUUUAUUAUAGAAAUGAAGUACUUCGAGAGGAAAAACAUUUGACGAAGUGUAUACACGCUUUAUGCGUCAUAACCUUGGCUUUGUGGAUCCCAGCAGCAUUAUUGGCUGGUAUUCAAUGGUUCCCUCUGCUUGUAUUCGGUUAUCGACCCCAUGCCCCACCAGUUUUGGCUUUGAUUGCGCCCCUCACUUCUGAGGCAGCAACUUGUGUACCCGUGUUAAGCUACCUGUCAUCUGAUGCCCGGAUACGAGCAGCACUUUUGGGACGCAUGCGCAAGAACUACGCCCUUCUACCACCUCAGUACGCGAUGAGAUAUCGAAGGGACCAAGUUUGUUUUAAGACGCUUUAAGGUUUUAAAGGGAAUUCUGAAAUAAGAACGUAACGUGAAUCAGAAAACUUAUUUUGUUUAAAGGUAUUCUACAAAGAACACUUUUGUAAUAGUCACUUACUUAGCGCUACAGUCUUGAGUUUGAGAUGUGUGAAAACGACUGAAACUUUUAAAAUAUUGUUAAUCGCAUAACAUACUCCUUUGAUUUCAAGGCAAAUAAAUAAAUUAAUUGUAUUUGCAAGCUACUGCGCAUUUAGCAUCAAUUCGAUCUUGUUUCAAACCAAGAAUUUGAAAUUGAGGUUUUAUAAGAAUUUCGAAUUAGGUUUUUGUAGAUUUUGUAGAGUGAAUGUGGGAGGAAAUGUAAAGAGUUUGCUUUUAUGAUUUUUUUGUGUAAAUAUAACGUUUUCUCUGUAUAGUUUUAAUUUUUAAA